CUCAAGAUGGCCUCUGAGAAGGAUGACUUUUCUCAAUACAUAAUUUCUCGCGAGGUUGAUAUAAAUCUUUUAAACUGCGGCUCUGCCUUUUCUGGACUAACAGAAAAAGAAAAGCUUUAUGCUCAUUACCUGUGUCGAGCGUCAUGGGAGGGUUCUCUCAUUUGCUUGCUUCAGACUUCUCCUGAGUCACCAGGAAUCUUUUUACUUUUACAAAACUUAUUCCAUGCGGAACCUAUAGAGAAGCUUGUAGAGAGACUUUUACGGAUUGAAAAUGGUCCUUCCAAGGAUGAAGUAGAGGUAAGUUACAAAUAAGAAGUGGAGUACUUGCAGAAUAUCCGGCCCACUAAUUGUCUUGCUUGGAAUUGAAAACUGCUCCCGCAGUCCCACAGUCGUGUUCUAUUGUUAAAUUCUUGGUUUGCAACCACGUGACAAGGCGGCCAUGUUGGGGGUCAAAACAAAAGAAUAUUUCCUCGAAGAAUUUACAUGAAAAUAGAGUUUAGUUCCCAGAGGAGAGAAAUGCUUUUGUUCUUGACCCCCAACAUGGCCGCCGUGACGUCACGUGCAACCCAGCAAUACUUAAACUAAAAUAAAAGUGUGUAAAAUGAGUGCUCCUACAGUCUUGCACUCCUGCAGUCGCUGAAAAGUGAUAAUCCUGCAUUUUUCUGGCCUGAGACCAUCUCCAACCAAGAACUUCUCUCCCGUUGUAACCAAGAGAGCAGGGAGACCAUCAUCAUACGAAGGUGAUGGGGAUGGAUCGGAAUGUCACCCGCAGAGAGCAGGGCAGCAUCACAGCCCUACAGCAUUGGACACCAGAAGGAAAACAUAAGUGGGGACAACCCAAGAACACCUGGAGUCAGACAGUGGAAGGGGAGUUCAAGACCCUACAGCAUACCUAGGGAACCAUUCAGAAGCUGGCCUAGAACAGACAGGAGUAGUGAUCCUUUGUUCCUGCCCUGCAUGCCUGAAGGCAUUCAUGGGCAUGAGUGAGUGAGUGAGUGAGUGUGAGUAAACCGAGUGCUCCUACAGUCCCACACUACUGCAGUCGCUGAAAAGUGAAUAAUAACUGGGUAUACAACUGGUGCUUCUGCAGUCCCUCACUCCUGAAGUCAAUGUUAAGUAACUGGUGUACUCUUAGAAUGAGGUAUACUAGUGCUCCUGCAGUCCCGCAGUCCCGUAUACCUGCCAACUCUCACGCCUUAGGCGUGAGUCUCUUGCCUGCGGGUUGAAAACUUUGAUCUCACGCCGGCUCACGCUUGUGGGCCAAUUUCUCACGCCUGAUCGAAAAAUGUGGGUUUUUGCCGUCUUGCUUGACACAAUUUCAAAAAAUAUGUUAACUCAGACCCAUGUAAGGAAUGAAAACCAUAUGUGAAAUGAAUAAAUGACAAUACCUUCCUCACGAUCUCUGAUUUUUGAAGUGAAAAGCACUGGGAGCAAGCUCGCUUUUAUACGUGUCCUAAGACUGGGACUCGAUAACUUCGCCUUCGGCAGACUUCAGACGUCUUCGGAAGACUUCGGAAGUCUUCGGACUUCUUCGGAAGACUUCGGACUUCUUCGGGAAUCUUUGGAAAUGAUCGUGUCGUCUUCAAAAAUCCCAGCACUCCCAGGAUAAAAAUCUCACGCUUAUAUCUCAGAAAAAGUUGGCAGGUAUAAGUCCCGUAGUAGAUGUCAGAAUUUAUUAUGCAAAUUGGAUGACUGUGAGACUGCUGGAGUCUUUGUUCACUUUGAAGAAAGCGGUGUUUAGAGGGUACUGUCAUAUAAUUUAUCAGCAUACACAGGCUUGUCUUUUACAGCCUUGAAAUCUAAGCUUGAGGAUAUUAUUUUUAGAAUAUUGAUAGAAUUAUAUGGUAGUAUAGUGAUUGGAGUGUCUGGUUCAUAUUUAGUCUGCAAUAUUAAACUAGGGGAUUUUUGUGCAUUCAAAGUCUAGAGUAGCAAAAAAUCAUGGUCUGGUACAAUAAAAUUUGCCCUUCAGAGGUAAGUGAUCAAGAUAUCUGAAACUAUAAUGUACAGUGUGUAAGUUGUGUUGUAGUUUAUUCGUUAUCAGGGAAUUUUUUUUAUGUACAAAAAAACGUCCUCUCUUAAUCUCUUAGAAUUUCUUGAUAUAUGCUGCUGCUUUCUAUGGUAACCUUGGUAACUACAAGUCUUUUGGGGAUACCAAGUUUGUUCCAGAUUUACCCAAGGUAAUUAUAUCUGAAACUGUCAGGCUCAUUUCUCUAGUUACCUGCUGAUUAUACAUGGUGUUUCAUGUUAAUAGACAUUCAGGCUGUGAUGAUAUUGUGUCAACAAAGAAGCUAAUCUUUUUCCUCUUCAUUGUUUUCUUUUUCUGUCUGAUCUUGAAUGAUUUCUUUGGGUUGUAGUACAAUAUACCUGACUUACUUGUAGUCUUGAAGAUUGGGAUAGUUUAAUUAUUAUUUUCAUGCCCCCAAUUUACAGGUGGGCUUUUUUUUCCCUCUGAGUGGUAAAACCUUAUUUUGCUUGAAUCUUUAAGGAAAAACUUCAAAGCAUCAUCUUCUCAAGCAAGGCCUAUGAAGACGAUCCUAAGAGAAUGGAACAGUUAUGGAAUGCUUGUGAGGAUGCAAUGUUCUCUCUCAACCCCAGAACACAGCAGCUAGGCCUUGGAGAACAGGUAUUCAAAAGAUUUGUCAAUCCACCUGCUUUAUAAUUACUUUAAAUUACUGGUAAAAUAACACAGCGAGCUGACGCCCGGCAAUUUUUCCUCCUUUAGUGGAAUGUUUGCUUCCUAAUCAACACUUGAGUUUAUUAAUACUAAAUAAAAACUACACAAAUUUAGGUCUUUGUUGCCUGUUUCUGUGGUUAUGUAUGCUGCUGAGUAUUGUGAAACCUAUUUACUGGUUGGAAAAUAGUGUCAGUCAUAUAUUACUUGUUAUGGGUACCAUGUUUGAAAAAGAACUUCUUUUAUGCCUCUGUGGUUAUUGUUGGCCACCACUCAUUUCUGGAAAAGGUAAUACUUUCAACCUAUUCUUUUUAGGGCCUUUCAACAUACUAUUCUAGUAACUGUGCCAAGACUGAUGCUGAAUUUGCUCAAGAGUUUAUGAAAGAAAAGGUACGAUUGAUGGCUUCUUACAAUGUAAGUUAGGGGUAUAAAAAUGUUUUUGGUCAAAAUUAAAUUCACAGGGCUCGAAAUUAUAACUCUCUAUUCACCAGUGGGACUAAAAUUUGAGCGAUGGCUGCUACAUGUUAAGACAUGGUUGCCAAUAUAUAGGCCAGUCACCUUAUGUUUUAAUAAAAAAUCUCCAAUCACAUCUCUAAUUAAUAGAGUAAUGAGUUUACUGGUGGUAAAACAAAGUAUCGUUCUGUGUUUUCCAGCUACUCAAAAACUCGCGCGAACAAAUUACCUUUUGUCAAGGAGAAGCAUAGAUAAUGUAAGACUUACAAUGCACAACUUUUGCCAUAUGUCAGAUUGUCUCUUCAAUAUAUGUGUAUGAUGUUAGGCCCGGUUCAGAUGCUGUACCUUUCAUGAACCAAACCUAAUACUUUGAAUUAGGUACAUGAAAAGUUUGGCUUCUGAAUUAAUUAGGAACGCCUGUUUCAAUUUGGAACAGCUCAGCCGUUCUUUUCAUGUAGCCCGGCCGGGAAUUUCCUUUGAGCUUCUUUGGAAAGGCUUUAAUUUAGAUGCUGAACUUUUCUUGUACCGAACCUAAUGCAUAAAUUAUUAUAAUGUAUUUUGCAAGCAGUUUGACCGAAAUGAGCAUUUUCUCCUUUUGAAUUAAGUUUGGCUGGAAUUAAGAUAGGCAUCUGAAUCAAUUCAGCCGGUCUAAAUAAUUUGGGUCGGCCUUAAUUCGAAUUAGGUUUGGCUCAUGAAAAGUUCAGUGAACCGGGCCUUAGACUGAGACAAGGGUAUACGUAGUGUUGUAUGAACAAAUGUACAGGUGAAUAAAAAAUAAAAGCAAAGAGUAAAAUUGUACAAACUAAGGAAACUGAUUGAACAUAUUGUUGGACACAUCAAGCAUCAUUGAAUAAUCCAAGUAGUUCAUUUGGCAAAGAAGUGAGCCUAAUAAAUAAGCCAUGCAUGGAAACCUCUUCCACUGGUGUAUGAGGAUUUCAGUCUGAAAAAGUCUUUCACAGAUUUUACUAGUACUCCAGGAAAUGAAGAAGUAACUAAAGGAGCUCCUUCAGUGUACCAGUAUUUUCUUCUGACAUAACUGUCAUACUGCCUUGAAGUCAUAAAUUGGUGACCAAAAUGUUAGCCAGCUGGUGCCUGAAUGAAAAAGUUAAUGUUGAGACCUUAUUCAUGUUGAAAUGUUUUAACCUAGGUUGAUUCUCAAUUUCCUCUGUCUCCUAGUCAUGAUUAUUCAUAAAUUAGGGCUAGGAGACAAAGGACAUUGAGAAUUAAACUAGGUUAAAUAAUACAUUAUUUGCAUUUACCAUUAGUGUUUGUAUAAUACUGUCCCCACAUAAGAGUCUUUGUUUUUGUAACAAGAUGUCUCCCUUACUUAUCUUUGCAAAGUGUGGCUUAAGAUAAUCUAUGUUAAUUCCUUACCAGGAUUUCCAUUGAAGUUAUUGAGGGAUAUCUAAGAAUAUUUUUUAGUAGCCACUCAACAUUAAAGCCAGGAUUAAAGUAUCUGUGGAUUUAUUAUUUCAGGAAAUAGAAACAUACAAUACCAGACUGUUUAAGGAAGAAAAGAAUGGCCAAGUAACCUACAUUCUUCGUUUGGCAUCAGUUGUAGCUACUGGUAAGAUAAGUUAUUUUUCUUUUACAAUUUGUCAUUACUUUUUUUUUUAGAAAGUCCAUUGACUUUUGUUAGUCUGUGUAAUCAAAUGGUGACAAGUGAAAUAACAAAAUACACCUUUUGCUGUUCAUUUUACGAGAAAAUACGCAUUCAUUUGCGUGAAACGGCGACCAAUUUUGCGAAGAUACAUUCAUUAGCACGAAAAUACAAACAUUUGCGCAUAAAUCAGAUUCAAUUACGAUUUUUGCAUUUUAAUCAACAUUCAAUAACACUUUUGGGCAUUCAUAUGCAUCAUUGGGCAUACAAAAGAGAAAAAUAUUCUUUCAUUAAUGCCAACAUCAAAGUCAUUAACACCAUUUUGAAAGUCAAUAGGGACAGCUGACAUACAUUAAAGUGCAAACACUAUUCAUUAACAUUUUUAUGACACUGUUUGCAAUUCAAUAGCAUUUCUGGACAACCUCAUGAUGGAUAAGACAAACAUUAAUUAAACGCACUUGUACAAUCAAUUGAGUGUUCUUUACAUUUAAUAUACAAAAAUCGAUUUUCAAUUAAACAAUAGAAAUUCAAACAAAUUUGGCCUGAAUUUCAGUCAGUUAAAUGUAUAUCCCUCAAAAACCUCACUAUUUAAACAUUUUGGGAGGUAGGUUUGUGUGGAAUGGUACCCCUUAGCACAUUUAGCUGCGGUCACAAUGUCAUGUUUCAGUGCAGAGCUUCAGCAAGCACUGCAGUUGUUGUUUCCAAACUCCGCUAGUGGGAUUGCUGGGGCUUUGCCCUCUCAAUCCUGAUAUACAUCUUUGAAUUUCCGGACUCGAGAUGUCGGCCUUUGGUAUCACUUUCAGACAACUUAAAUCCUUUUCUACGAUGUUGAGUUGGGAAGCAUAAGUUGUGUACAUAUGGGGAAGGAAUGGCCAAAUCUAGGUGGGCUGGCACCCCGUCAUAUCCAAAGACCACCGACUUAUCGGGAUCCAUUUUUUCCUCGCCCGUGCCAGAAAGUCACCGAAAAACUGACACAGUAUUCAUUACUCCAGCAGCUGCCAAGGAAAACAUUAAUUUGAUAGGUGAUAUUGCCAUGCGCAUAGUCAAGUUUCAUCUCGUUGGCCGCACACUUGGCGGUACGCCCUCCACUCCCUGUUGCGCCCUACCAUGACUUCUGGCCGAAUAGGGUAAAUGUAUAGCCGCAGCCAUCAACGAACACACAGUGGCAAAAUACGGCGUGAUUCUUUGAACAAAUUCAGGCCAAUUUUGGGGGGGAAUUGGUAUUGUUUAAUUGAGAAUAGAUUUUUGUCUAUUAAAUGUAAAGAACGCUCAAUUGAUUGUCCAAGCGCAUUAAUGUUUGUCUUAUCCAUUCUCAAGCUGUCCAGGAAUGCUAUUGAAUUGCAAACAGUGUCAUAAAAAUGUUAAUGAAUAGCGUUUGCACUUAAAUGUUUGUCUAUAAUUAUUUGUCCCUAAUGAUUUUCAAGAUAAUGUUAAUGACUCGAUUGUUGGCGUUAAUGUAAGUAUAUUUUUCUCUUUUGUAUGCAGAAUGACGCAAAUGAAUGCCCAAAAAUGUUAGUGAAUGUUGAUUAAAAUGCAAAAAUCGUUAUUGAAUCUGAUUUAUGUGCAAAUGUUCGCUUUGUCGCGCUAAUGAAUGUAUCUUCGCGCUGUUGGUCGCCGUUUCACGCAAAUGAAUGAAUAUUUUCUCGUAAUGAACAGCAAAAGGUGUAAUUUCAUGCAUGUUUUGUCCAAAUUCUGAUUGGUUAUUAGGAUUUGGACAAAUUGCAAGUGAAAUAGUUCCUAAUUUCACAAGUAUAUGUUGUGGUUCAAUUUUAUCCUUGGUUUAAAUUUUAUUUUCUUUUGUUUCAAACUCAUUAUCAUACAAUACCAUACCCAAACACAAAGGAAAAUAAAAUUUAAACCAAGGAUAAAAUUGAACCACAACAUAUACAAUAAAGUUACCUGUUAAAUAUCAUGGGUGACAAAUUAUGCUCACAGUUAUAGUAAUUGUAGGUUUUUGACUUUCUCAUAGUUAGUAUUGAUCCAGAACUCCACACACUGAAAAGUUAACUUUAUAGCUUAGUGUCUGGCUUAAGUUGAUGCUACCUGUAUCUUGGCACUUACAUGUAUGGAAAUUUUGUAACUUCACACUUUUUCUCCUCAAUUUUUAAAGCACUUAUUUAGAAUUAAUCACAUUAACGUGCAAUAAUGAAGAAACCCAGGGUAGGAAAUAUGAGAUCUUUUUAUGUAAACAUGGUUCUCGUAAGACUUGAAUGAAUCAAUGAUCAAAGAGGUGUGAGAGAGCAGGGCACUCUUCAAAUAACAAAAAAAAUUGAAUAAAAAUACUAAUAUUGUACAGUUGUAGUGGAGCUCUCACGCGCCCAAAGUGUGCACAGCGGAGCACCAUGGGCAAAAUUUGGUUAUCUCUGCAUUCAAGAAAUUUUGGUUCGUCUAUACGUACGUCCACCACCACAUGUUAGGGGAUGUGAAAUGGCGCACUUUAAUACUAGCUAGAAGUCCAAUAGGCAUAUUCUACAGUGUACCUGUGUAAAAGGAGUGUAGCUAAAUGUCAUGGAGCAUGGGUAGCCGGGUAGAGGUCGUGGGUCAUGGGUGUGGGUGGUUGGUGUGGGUAAAUGUCGUGGGUAAAAGUUUUUUCAUGAAAUGAAAAUCUUCACAUACCACAUACAUACCAGGAGUCCUAUUCCUCUUUCCUCAGCAAAGCAAAUAAGCGAAUCGUUUAGUACAAAUGGACAAAAGGCAUUUAGGCAACAAAUAAAAGAAACUCUCUAUACCAUGUAAGUUACCUGAAUCAGGCUAAAGCAAAACUGGAGACUGAACUGCUUUCUCUCAAAGGUGUCAACAUUCAUGACUGAAACGUCCUUUCAUUUUAAGGAAUGAUAUUCAGAAUCGUUACGGCAAAGAUUUUGUACACAAAACAAAACAAAAAAGAGUCGAGAAAAUUACAUUUCCGUACCGCAAUAAAAUUUACAUACAGUCUUGCCUUAACUUGAAAGGUUGAGCAUGAAGGUGGUUCCUUCGUAAGCUAAGAGACCUAAAACUAAAGACUUCUACCCCAAAAUAUGAAAUAGUUCAAAAUUGUCCUUUUUUUCCCCCUCACUUCCCCUCCCCUUUCCCAUGGUGAUCACUUUCCAUUGUGUUAAAAAAUCUCCGCUGAUCAUUGGAAUUGUAGAUCGAAUAAAGCAUCUAUUUGACAUUUAAAGUAAGCUUAUUCACCUGAAGCCGUGUCUGAAUUUUGUUUAGAUCAGAAUUCAUUUCAACUUGUAAUUAUAAGGUAUCAGCAUCUUCGGCUGUACGCAUUAAAGUGAUGUCGUCCGCAAACAUUCUGGGCCUUGAGUACGGUUGACAUUGGGCAAAGGCCAUUAUUUUAUGUAUAAAAUAAGCAACUGUGGACCAAGAAAUGAUCCUUGAGGAAUUCCACAUGUCAACGUACAGAAAUCACAAAGUUCACCGUCUACUAAAGUUUUCUGUUUUUGCCCAGUAAGAUAUGAUUUAAACCGUGCUAAUAAACGUUUGGAACCUAACUCCAUAAAACUUGAGUUUCUGGAAGAGGAUAGAGUGGUCCAUGGUGUCAAAGGCUUUUUUUAGAUCCAAAAAAAAACAACACAGUAAAUUAUUUACAUCUUGCAAGCACUUUACAAGACAGUUUUUGUGUCCACUUUGAACCAAACAACCAGCCAAUUGUGAGAAAAUAAAAAUGUAAAUGAAGCCCUGGCAGUGCACUGUGUGUGAUCUCUCCAUGAAUUUUUUUUAGCGGAACCAUGUCUUGGUGCCAGUGGAGAGGAAGAUAAAGUGGCAUCUCUUCUUGGCUCACAUAAAUUUAAAGGCUGCACCUUUAGGGUUGAGAGAGGCGAUUAUUCUGGAAUUCUGAGAAAGGUUGUAGAAAAUUUGGAAAGAGCAGAGGUAUAAACUACAUGUAUACUAACAAAAAUAAUAUUUAGUAUAUACUAAAACAGUGGAUAGUGUUUUUCACGCGCUCUGAUUAGCUACUCAAUCAGUGAAUAUCCUGCACUAUCUACUGAUUCACCUCCAGUUCCUCCGAGCGAGCGACGCCAAACUCGCGUAUGUUGCGAGCAAAAUGCCUUCCCGGUUUGCUGCCGUAACAAACUAACAAAUUUCACAACUGAUCAAGCAAACUAUUCCUGAAAUACAUGAAGAAGGUGACGAAGUUCGGUUUGGAAGUUUUAACAGGUAAAGCCUUGUCUUUUUCACUUGAAUUUAUCGAUAAAACCGGUGAAAAAGUUUUUUGUUUACAAAUGCAAAUUAAGCUUAAGUCUUGCGUUACUCUGUUUAGUUGAUUUGUUCAUAAAGAAGCUGAAAACUAAAUUUAAUAAUCUUUUUUACAGAAUGAUUUUAAAUACUAAAAGAAUUCACAACUCCUUUUGAAGAAACUUUCCCGCUAGAGCUAAACAAACGCCUUCAAAAGUUGUAUUUGUCACCAAGAAAAAGCGACGACCGCCGCCGUUCGGUCAUUGUGCGUUAAAAUUGUAAUCGUUGGCAACAGUAAAUGAGUUAAAAAUUAUCAUUUUUGUGCUCAAUUAUCUCACUUUUUUAGCAUAUACUAGGAGUCUUUUUACAUGGAGUGGGGGACCCCGGUCUAGUGGGGUAGGUUUCUUUUGUUUUGUGUGCUCCAGAGCGUGAAAACAAAAGAAACCAACCCCACUAGACCAGGGUCCCCCACUCCAUGUAAACAGGCCCUAAAACAAUUAUUCACCGAAGUGGAGGUGGCUAGUAGUGGUGGUUGCCGCGCCGCUUCGCGGCGUCGGUAAAUAUUCACUUCGGUGAAUAAUUGUUAUUUAUUGUUUUAUAGUAACUUAAUGAAAGAGUUAGUUUCAACUGAAAAGAAACUGGUGUUGCAUUGUAAUUAUAUACAUGUAGUUAAUUUACCACACUUUAAAUGGAUUGAGUUGAUGACAAAGGGCUAGCUCCUCAAAUGUCAACUUUUCAAUCUUUUUACAGUUGGUGAAUUUAUUUAUCAAUUCAGUUUGUAAGCCAAUUUCUGAAAUACAUGUAUGCUUGGAUGUAGCGAAGGAAAAGCUAAGCAGGUUGUUUUAUUAGUCAAGCCAGCUUUUUUACUCAACCGUACCUUCGAAAUUAGCCCAGGCAGGGUUCGUACAGGUCAUGGAAAACCUGGAAAAACAUGAAAUUAACCCAUUCGCCCUUGAGAAUUUUGCCGAAAAAUGUGUUUUGAAGCUAGUCGAGCCAUUUUCUAGUCACUGUCUUGCUGUCUGGCAGCAUAAAACGUGGCGUAGUCAAUGGUUGGAGCAAGAUAACGAGAUAUCUUUGUACACUGAAAGAGUACAUCAGCAAAGAUGUUUGUUGUGUUAACCUUUACGUGGUCUUGUUUCAGGAGUUUGUUUCUAAUGACAAUGAACUGUCCAUGUUAAAGAACUACAUCCACAGCUUCAAUACGGGAUCUAUUAAUGCGCAUAAAGAUGGAUCUAGAUUUUGGAUAAGAGAUAAAGGACCCAUUGUAGAAACGUAAGAACAUAACGGAAGUUAAUUCUACAUUGUUGCAUAAUUGCUGGAGUUGAACUUUUUAUUUUCAGCUUCGCCAGUUACUGAAGAAAUUAAAGAAGUUUUUGUAUUUCUUGUUCUUUAAACGCGCUUCGUUGAAGUUUUGAAUAUCCCUCUUAUAUUUUUCACCGUGUAUCAAAGUUUUAUUGAAGUAUGCAUGCAGGUUGACCGCAAUUUUGAUUUAUAGUAAUCUUAAUGAUCAAGCUUGAUCAGUCCCAUCUUAAGAAUGUUAAUGAGCAGACUUUUUUUUCUUUUCAAGUUAAAAGACAAAUUCUUUUCUCGACCGCCGCGAGGUUUUGCUUAUUUUCAUUUUACUUAUUCUUCAAUACCAUUCCAAUGCUCUCAUUCGCGUAUAGUUGUAGAUUUACUUAUCAGACUGAAAAAUUCAACGUUACUGUUUUUCUAUACUGUAGCUAUAUAGGGUUCAUUGAGACAUACAGAGAUCCUUUUGGUGUUCGAGCAGAAUAUGAGGGUAAGCCAACUUCUCACUUCCUUCAUCCUGUUUCCUUAUUUAGUGCUACAUUCAUUCUUUCACCUUUCCGCUUCAGAUUAGCUCGUAUUUUAUAGGCAUCUUUUUAGUUUUGUUUAUUUUAGUUUGCUGAGUGAACAAUGCUGCCUUUAUUGAUUCGUGAUGACAUAGCCUGCUUUAAAUAGUUAAUGUCGUUGUUGUUGUGUUUAUAGCUCAGCACCCGUAAUAAUUACAAACGCUUGUGUAGCGACGGUGGGACAGUAACAAACAAACAAACGAGACAAAAGACUGGGACCCAACAAACAAAACAUUGAGAAUUGUAGAAACUCUGCAGUCCUCCUUCUUCCCAAUUUACAAAAAAAGAAAUCAGUGGACUUUUCCAAAAAACUGUCACAAAUUUUUCUAUCGACAACUGAAUGUGGUGCAAAGGACUGUUCCACUACAGUGUAACUCAUAUUUUUAACCUAUAUUUUGAACGCCGUCUUCCUGCAGGGUUUGUUGCUGUCGUGAACAAAGAAAUGAGUGCCAAGUUUUCGACACUAGUUUCUAGUGCUGAGAAGCUUCUUCCAGACCUUCCGUGGCCUCGUGAAUAUGAAAAAGAUACGUUUUUACGCCCUGACUUUACUUCACUUGAUGUAGUUGGCUUCGGCAGUAGUGGGAUACCAGCUGGAAUUAACAUUCCUAACUGUAAGUUGGCUGUAAACCUUCAUCACUUUAGUCAAUGGGUGCAUUUUUUAGCUAUUUUGAAAAAAUAGCUCAUAUGUCAGUGGUGUGAGCGUAUGUAUCUUUGUGGCUUUGUAACUUUGUAUCUUUGUAACUUUGUAACUUUGUAACUUUGUAUCUUUGUAACUUUGUAUGUUCGGAUGUUUGUUGCAAGAGCCAAUAAGGUUGAAGGUACUAUUAGUUGAUGCUUAGGAACCAAUGAGAUCUUAGCAUCUACUUAAACAUGACAUUGGUAAAGGUCGAACAAGGGCACUUUGAGACCGCCAUCUUGAUUCUUCACAAUUUUUUCGUCUUUUAUUACGGCUACAGGUGUUUGGAAACAUUAUGUUAAAUAUCUUCAUGAUUCAAACGCUGUGUACAGUGAUGCAGCUGUUUAAGGGUUCAUAUUUUAGUAUGGAUGCUGCUUCAAGGCAUUUCUGACCUAAUUCGGCUAUCUGUACAACGCACGUCAGUAUGAGUUCUGUUUCACCCGCUUCACUUGGGUAGAGUAUAAAAGAUCAUAUAUUUUCAAAGCUCUUCCAAUGAAGCAAUAAUUGAUAUUUAGAUAUAGACUUUAAUUCGAAAGUAUGCGCCCUAUAAAAUGUGGUUUUAGAAGUUUAAAAAGGCAGCUUAUUUUUGUGAAAGCUGUACCGAGUAUUGUUAAUCCUGUAAACAAGCUUUAAAAAUAUUAUUCUCUCGCUUACAAAGUUCAACAGACCUUUUUCGUUCUGGCAAAACAAAACAAAAGAAUAAUAAGUGAACAACAUGAUACAUCCUUCCUGCAUACUAAGUAUUAUAGUUUCUGAAACGUAUUUUAUUUAGUAAAGAUGCGUAACUUAAGUAGAAACAGUAGCGUUAGGGAAUAAAAUUGGAAGAAGCUAGUUGACACAAUAAUUAGAUACUGUUGUAUUGAGUGGAGUAACAUGAUACAAGUAGAAAUAUAUUUCGGCAGUUUGAUAAUUUUCUUGGAAGUUAGUAAAGGUUAGGCUAUCAACCUUGACGUUGCAUGAAACAUAAAUUAAUUGCAGAUGUUGUAAUAAAGCCGAGGUGAUUUCUUAAAAUCGCUUGAGAAAAUUUUGCAGUAAAACAAUUUGCCUUUUUUUUGCGUACGAAUUGUAAAAGGGUCAAAGACCAACAUCUUCACAUGCAAAUUGUGUGCAUGAGUUAUUUUUAUAAUUCUGUUUACUAGAUUACUGUGUGAUAACUCGAAUUCCCUCACGUACGAACCACGAAAGGGAGCAAAGUCCAACACUUUCACGUGCCAGCUGUGUGACUGUACAUCUCAUGCAGAUUGGCUUUUCACAAUAAUAAUAGUAACUUGGACGUAUGAAGACCUGUUUCGUUUAGUAACCAAUGCCCUUAAAAAGGCUCUUGUCAUUUAAGAAGCAAUAGCUUUUAAAACAUAAAGAAAUAAGUUCUCGGAGUUAAAGACUGUCUCACAAAUGUUAAUAAAUAUUAGGUAUCAACCUUGACGUUGCAUGAAACAUAAUUUAAUUGCAGAUGUUGUAAUGAAGCCGAGGUGAUUUCUUAAAAUCGCUUGAGAAAAUUUUGUAGUAAACAAUUUGCCUUUUUUUUACGUACGAAUUGUAAAAGGGUCAAAGACCAACAUCUUCACGUGCAAAUUGUGUACAAGAGUUAUUUUUAUAAUUCUGUUUACUAGUUUACUGUGUGAUAACUCGAAUUCCCUCACGUACGAACCACGAAAGGGAGCAAAGUCCAACACUUUCACGUGCCAGCUGUGUGACUGUACAUCUCAUGCAGAUUGGCCUUUCACAAUGAUAAAUAGUAACUUGGACGUAUGAAGACCUGUUUCCUUUUGUAACCAAUGCCUUAAAAAAGGCUCUUGUCUUUUAAGAAGCAAUAGCUUUUAAAACAUGAAGAAAUAAGUUGUCGGAGUUAAAGACUGUUUCACUGAGUAGAAUCGCACGUGACAACCUCGUGAAUUAUGAUGAUGCAACCAUCUACCACAAUGAUAAAAAUCCUGGUAUUUCGUAACUAUUCAGUAUUCGGUGAGUCACAUUUUGGCUUAAGAAACUCCGAGGAAACCUUGGAGUUUUCCUUCUAAUCAACGUUUGGUGAGUAGAAAUUUAUUUUACUUUAACAAUUUGUUUAACUUGCACCAGAUGCAACGGGGAAAGACAGAGGAAAGUGAAUAUAUAGGUUGAGGAUCGACUCAGCUGAGCGUUUCGCGUUUUCAUUUAUGUAGCGCAAUACCCAAUUUCGCACAAAAACCAAAUCAUCACUCUUGGUAAGGUUACACCGAAGUAUUAUAGUUACACUAAGGCAUUCAAAAUAGCUCAUGCACGUUUAACGUGCCUAUGUUAUAUUGUGCGCCCAGGUAAACUAAUUCUUUCUGUCGAUCUCCAUGUUCGAAUAGUCAUGCCUGAUAGCUUGCAGCCAAUCACAAUCACUUCAUGUUUGAGCGUAACUCUCUAAGGCGAACAGGAAUGAUUUCAGAGGUUUUUUCAACACUAGUUUACACACCAGCGUCAGUUUAUGGUAUUUGGUUAUUUCUAUCCUUUUAUAGAUGAUGAUAUUCGCCAAGAGGAAGGAUUCAAGAAUGUUUCUUUGGGAAAUGUACUUGCAGCUCACACAGUGGAUAAGAAAGUUACAUUCCUAAGUGACGAAGACCAAGUAAGAUGCCAUUCUUUAUUUCAGUGCUACUGCAUAUAGUAUUUCGGCACCAUUAAGCAGUACAACAUGAAUCGAAAAACCGUUAAGUUUAUUUUGGCUGUUUCUUUCAAGCACCAGGAGCUAUAGCAAUACGUUAUUUUACAACUUCUAUUUCAUUCAAAUAUCUAGUUGAUAAACUAGAACAGAGCUGAGCGACCGUUUACAACGAAUACUGUCAGAACGGAGGCCACAAAAAACCUGCCGGAUAAAAUUCCAGUAUAGGGAAAAUACUCGUGCCAACGUUUACUAACCAUGUUUUGCAGCAAAGCACGAUGAAAUCCAGAUAAUUAUUCGAAAACAAACGAAAAAUAACGAAAACAAGCUAAAACCCUCGGGAAACUCGAUUUGCCACUUAAUAAAUUAAAUAAAUAAAAAGUAAACAAAUAAAUAAAAAAUAACGUGGGCUAAAGGAGUUGUCGGCUUAGAAUGCUUUCCCACGUGUUAAGCAUCCCUUUUAUAGCACUCCGUUCUAAGUCCUCACUGCUCCUGUGCCUAAGAAAUGUUUCAUUUCCGGCUAAUUCGUAUUCACUCAAACGCCGGAAAUUCCACUUUGCUUUAGUCUCUUUGCAUAAUUUAAACGUUAGCUGUCGUUAUUGCCUUUGUUUGUUUGUUUGUUUUUUUUUUCAUCUAAAAAAUCCAGGAAUUGUUUACGAAGCUUAAAGCACCAGCUUUUGAGGUUCAGGUUGGCCUUCAUGAACUUUUAGGGCAUGGAAGUGGAAAACUAUUUGUUAAGGUAACUAUCUUCAAAUGCAUGUCUCUUGCAAGAUGACGUGUUGUUUCGUUUGAAAUCUAUUUUUAUUCGAUUUUGAUUUUCUUUUUCAGCGACAAGAUGGCUCUUACAACUUUGAUAUUGAAAACGUGAAGCACACAGAGACUGGAGAAAAAGUAAGGACGAUACUUGCAAUUUUUUUACCUCUAUCGCUAUUAAACUAUGAAAGAAAAAGGUUCUAUCUUAAGAUGUGAUCUUGUUUUAAUAGUUUAACCACGUGAUGUGGUUAAGAUGGACGGCCGUGUGUUUAAGUGCUCCGCGUAACAUUUCGUAAAUUUCUAAUGUUUAAGUGUGCCUUCUGUUUUCUUCUAUUUGUUUGGUUAUCUUGUUUCGGGUGUCAUAUUAUGCCUCAGUUAGCCUGUCUUCGUAAUCGUUCAGUGUACUUGCCUUGUUUUAUGUUAGUUUAAAUUCUAUUUACUGUAUAGUAGUGUCUUCACUGUUAUUUAGUCCAUCUCUAUAUAAAUCUUGUUUUGUAAUAUGUCUUCACCUCCCCCCGCCUUUAUUUUUUAAGCUUUUUGCGGGUGGGAAAGUAAUGUAAUUAGUUAUUUUCCAAUUUUCAAUAAAAUUUGUUGUUGUUGUUGUUGUUGUUGUUUGUUUAUAUGUCGUAAAUAAAUAGUAACGUGCCCUCAAAGGUUAAAUUUGAAUGUCUAAAUUGACAAUAAUAAAGUUAAACGCAGUUAGUAUAUACACACUCAGUGAUCUUGGUGAUUUAAGCAAUCUGAUUGGUUCGCUAUCUCGGACUAUUCAACAAUAUUCACCUCCUAGCGAGUGGAUAAUGUGUGAGCUCGGUGUUUUUCCCGUUUUUUUUAGAGAACGAUCUUUUAAAAGUCGACAAAAUCCUAGGGCUGACUUUUUUUAAGGCAAGAAAAGACUUGGAAGGAUUCAAUACGGCGUUUUUCAAUUUACUGUAGCAGGAGUUUUGUGCUCGAUGGAUUGUUUACAACUCCCGUGUAUUCGCGUAGAAGAAGCCGUUUCGUGAACUCAGCGUUUUCUAAGAAGAAAAUUUUGGCUCAAAAAUCGAAGUUUAUUUAUGACAAACAAAUUUAAAAGGAAAUGUUUGCAGAAAUUCUACAUUUCAAGUAAACAGAAAAAAAGAAUGAUACAGGAAGACGACCUCUUACCUCGAGCAACCGAGCCGCCAUUUUUGUCAGCACUUCAUGCGAAGAACGACACAACAUGCCCUUUUGGCUAUAAACUUGGCGAGUCAACAGAAAACAACACAGCUCUACUUUUUUUUCUCAGGUAAGGAAACAGUUCAAACUUUUAGCGAUUCCAUUGAAGCCAUUACGCUGUUGUUUGCGAAAUGAGUAAACUUGUGAAUUGCCAUGUUUGAAAAUUCUGCAAAGAUCUAUUUUUAAACUUACGCGUGAUUUGAUCUGUCAAUCAAAUCCUACUUUUGAAUGGUUUCCUUUCUGAUUUUGUUGAGAUCACUUCGUGUGUAUAUACUAAAACAAUUAUUCUUCUCAAUCUCGGUGAAUAGUGGCUUUGGGAAUAUUUACCUCGCCGCUUUCGCGGCUCGGUAAAUAUUUUGCCACUAUUCACCUCGAUUUCAAAGAAUAAUUGUUAAUUAUUGUUGAGGAUGAACGAAUCCACGUUUAUGGGAAUAUUUGAAAAAUUUGACUUACCAUUAAUUCCAAGUAAAAGUUUUGUUUUUAUUUAAACAUAACGAACUCCAAUCUUGAAAAUUUUUGUCGUUCCCAGAUCACUAGCUGGUACACUGACGGAGAGACCUGGUACACGCGGUUUGCUGAUCUAAGUUCGUCAUAUGAAGAAUGUCGUGCGGAGUGUGUCGGGAUAUAUCUUUGCACAAACAGACAGGUCCUGAGGUCAGUGGCCUUUACCUCUAGAUAAGGCAUUGAGCAUUUUAGGGAGUAGAUUGUCUUAAGUAGAAAGAAGUCCCUGGAAUGAUGUGACACACGUCUUUUGGGAAUGAAAUCGUAAAUAACUGGACAGGUAUCCGUAGAUAUUUAAGCAAUAGAAAACGUUUUCCGUGUUAGCAUAGCCUGAUUUAAACACGAGAGGGGUUGGGAGAAUUCGACACAGUUAUGCAAACCCGAGACGAAGAAUUCUCCCAACCACUCAAGUGUUUAUAUCAGGCUAUGCAAAUACAGGGAAAAAGUUUUCAAUUGCUUUUAUAAAAAACGUUCCCGAGAAAAAACGCAAAACUCCUUGUUUAGGGCAAUGAUUAAAAGAGAAAUUCUUACCAGUCACGAAGUCUUGUACAUGAAGCUUGUACGCAAUCAGUUCUUGUUUUGCAAUAAAGAUGCUUUCCAAAAACACGGGUUUUCUCACUUAAAAUGUCAGCUUAAGCGGAAAAAAAUUGACACAGCAUGUUUCUGAAGAUUUUUCAAGUUUCAGCCGACGAGGAAAUGGGUAAAUAAAGUAAAUGUGUCGAGCUUUCAACUCAAAAAGUUUUUCAAAUCUCUGCUUGCGUGAUUAGCGCGCGAAAAGCAAAACACCUUGAAGCCACUACCAUGUUUACAUACUCUCAUGCAAACACGCCUCUCGGCCAAUCAGAGGGCGCGUACUAUCUUAGUUAUUUUAUAAAUGCUUGUAUUCCACCCUCUGCGUGAUGGCGUCAUUAGUAGCGGCACCUUUCCGUUGAUCUAGCAAAAUAAAUUCAAUAUUGUGCACUAAGUGGAGUUUGACAAGUUGAUACUAGACUAUUCUCAGUCCCCUAUUUUUCCUUGCGAUAACUGAAGGAGAAGUCGCCAUCUUGGUUUUAAAUGUUCAGAGAAAUCAGGGGAAGGUGACAGCAGCUUGAUGAAAGAAAGUGUAUUGUAUAUAAUGUAGCAUCGCUUUCUCCGAAGUAAAUGAAAUGGUUAAAAAAUGGAUUCCAUGCUGCUGCGCGUCUGUUUAGUUCAGCUCACCAAUGAUGUCAAAAUGUAAGAAAAAAAGUGGCACACGAGCCGCGGGGGAGGUGUGGCGUUGAUAGCAUGUUUUGAAGUCUUCUGUGAUCUAAUUCUGUACAGAAGCACGGCAACGUGAAAUCUAUUUGUCUUAUCCGAUGGAAAGGAAACAUAAACAACAAACUUGCUUCGUGGGGCUUGCUUUUCGAAGAUUUGUGCUAGUUUGGACAUUUUCCAAGUCACCAACGGGACUUUUCGUCUCGUCUUUUUUAUCUUUGUUGUCCUGGUAAACAGCUUUUUCUGAGCUUUUUACGAGACCUUCACUUUAUCAAUUUUUAAAACCGUCGCUUAGCGAUGACAAUUAUUUUGAAGAAUUCUUCUAGUUUAGGCGUUUUCAGGUCACAGACAACGCCUUUUGUCCCAGAUUUUCGUUUUCCUUACUUUUUUUGAGGCCUUCACUGGCUCAAUCCGAUAUAGUUUAACCAACUCUUCUAAAAAUGAAAAUGAAGAAAUGAUCGUCGCAGUGAACGCAAUUUAUGCAAUUGCGUAAAGAAGCCUGAAAAAAAAAAAAAAUCCAGGACUCCAACGGGCUUGAACCCGUGACCUCGCUAUACCGGUACGAUUCUCUACCAACUGAGCUAUGAAGCCACUGAUGUUGGGAGCAGGUCAAUUGUGGGUUCAUAUGUUCCCGUGAAAGAAUUUUUUUUCAGGCUUCUUUACGCAAUUGCAUAAAUUGCGUUCACUGCGACGAUCAUUUCUUCAUUUUCAUUUCAUUUCCGCAGUUCAUAUAUGAUUUUUUACACUUCUAAAAACUCCGCGCCAUGUUGUACACAACAGAGAAAGCAAUUUUUUCGUGACGUCAUUCGUGUGUCUGUACCCUAAUAAAUGAUAGGAAACGACCAAACACCAGGCGCGUAGCAUUCUGUACCUUGAAUUAACUCUAACAGAUUUUAGGCAAGGACCAAUCACAGCGCGCGUAGUAUUCAGUACUUUGUAUAAAUUGAAAUGGUAGUCGUUAUCGUUACAUUGAGCUGUGAGAUAAGCCAUGCAAAUAAAGGCAUAUUGCUUUUCUGAUGGUCUCAAUUGGAUGUGGUUUUUUGUCCUUGUAGAGUCUUUGGUCAUGAAGGUACAGCUGCAGACAGUAUAGUGUACAUUAACUGGCUUAACAUGGUACGAGCAGGGCUUCUAGGACUGGAAUUUUAUACCCCUGAAAACGACAAAUGGAGGCAGGUUGGUGUUAGUAGUAUAUCAAUUGUUUAACAGGUAAUAAGUGCAGAUAUUUUUUCGAUUCCCGAAAGGGUAAGAAAAAGAGUGCACAAUCAAAAAAAUGUCCGGUGGUUUUUUAAUCAUUAUUUGGGCGUCGCCCAGAUCGCUUGUUUUGAUUCAAAGUUGCAAUAGGCACCCAACACGUGCGAACGUGAACAAGCCAAGCGACGUGAAUCGACUCAUACAAAACCAUGCCGGAAAGAAAGCUUUCCUAGCAGGGUACUUGAUCCCACUUUUACGAUCUCAACAACCUUGCAAGAAAGAAACACAAUUCCCAGCAGUGCGGGUACGGAGAAAUAAAAAAGCGAUGAACAUGCUAAAGCAACGCCUCCAGACCCUACAGUGCAGGUACCGGUCAUUGCCCUUUUUCAUUGUAAAGACUAUUCAUUACCAGUAAGCACAUGUCCUCUCAGAGAACGAUAUUUUUCCUCGGAAAAGAUAAACUACAAUAAAUCUUAAGCUUACCGUAUUUUUAUCUUACCGGGAAACCGGGCAAUUUUUCAGAAAUUUGAAGGUAAAUCUUUCAAAAAUAAUUGGUUUUGAUAAUAUUUUAGCCCACAGUUGUCGACAACCAAAGAAGAUGUCAAGCAAAAUUCCACGAUCAUGCAUGAGAUAAAUAAGGGAUUGUUUCAGUGAGGAGAAUGACAUGCGAUGAGUGGCCACAUAAAAAGUUUUUCGGCAGCUUGAUAAUUUUAUUGGAACUCAUUGAUGUUAGCCUGUUAAUCUUAAAGUUGAAUGAUGCGUAAUUUCAUUGCAAAUGUUCGGCGUGACAGUUUUUUUUAAAACCCUUGGGUUACCUAGAUUAAGUCGUAUUCUCUCACACACGAACCUCGAAAGCGGCAAAUUCUAAAGCUUUCACGUGCAAACUGCGUGACAAUACAACUCACAGUAAGGGCCUUAUUAUACAUGAGCCGGGCUGGCUGAUUCUGCCGAGGUGACUUUUAUCCCGGUAUUACAUGAACAGGGCCAGCCCGGAGGGGCUAUUUUCAUAUAGAGAUUGGAAGCAGUGCGCAUGAGUAGUGUGUUGCCCGCUGUCCUAUUUCUCGCUUGGUUUAUUCGCCGGGCUCCAUGGCAAGCGUGUUUACUUGUAACAUUUUCAGGCGGGAUUCCGGCAUCACAAUACUGGGAUCCCAGCUAACCGGGCUGACUCGGUUGUCAUGUAAUCGCAAAGUUGAUUUAUGUUGCGUUUAUCUAAAGGUGCCUAGAUCUCUGCAAAGCGAGCCAGCCCGGCUCAUGUAAUCAGGCUCUUAGUUUUAUAGCCAGAUUUCUCGCCCUCCCCCUUGACCUCACCGAUUUUUCAAAGCCCCCCGAACCCACACACCCAAAAUCUCAGCCCCCACAGACAUCUUCGUACCUCCUUCUCCAUAUUAAAUGAACUUUCCCUUAUCCAUGCUGUAUCUAUCUGAUCUGAACAGAAAUUCUAACAACAUUUAAAAUAAGUACAAAAUAUAUGUUUUUGACUAUUGAUAAGAUCUUUCACAACCACCACGUCAUUUCAACAGACUGUAACUACACUAUUUCUUGUUACUUCAUGUCAAAUUCAGUUUCACUGAUUAACAAACUACAGCCAUUUUCUUACUAAUCCACGUUCAAUAUGACUGACCGAUAGUGCGGUAGCCAAACAACUUCAUCAUCACAUCAACAUUGUCUAUGCUAGUACGAUAUUUGAAAUUGUGGACAAACAUAAUUUAGAGAUCCAUUGCUAUGUGGACGAUAGUCAACUCUAUUUAUCAUUCUGUCCUAAUGAUAAUGCAAAUCAAGAGGCCGCCUUAGCUAGGGUCGAAACAUUGGUAAUUGGAUGCUGAACGACAAAUUGAAACUGAACGAUAGUAAAACUGAAUUCAUGAUCAUUGGCACAUCGCAGCAACGAGCUAAAGUAUCUAUUAAUAGCCUUCGUGUCGGGACUGCAACUGUCACCUCUGUGUCGUCUGCAAGGAACUAGGACUCAUGGUUUGAUUCUAAGCUGGCGAUGGCAAUCUAUAUUUCAAUCUAUCUAAAGGCAACACCAAGACUCUGGUUCAUGCCUUUAUUUCAUGCAGAUUCCAUCACUGUAACAGUCUUUUAUAUGGCCUGUCGGAGUAUCAACUCAAUAAGCUACAGCAUGUGCAGAGCAUGUGUGCAAGAUUAGUAUGCAGUGAAAGUAAAUAUUGUCUCAUUACUCCUUCAUUAGUUAGAUUUACAUUGGCUGCCUGUAAAAUUCGGAAUUGAAUUUAAAAUCCUGUUGAUUGUUUUUAAGAUUUUUAAGAGCUUGGCACCUUCGUAUUUAAGUUUGUUAAUUACUCCUAAGCCUGUAUCUAGAUAUAACUUAAGAAGUUCUAGCGACAGUACUCUACCUAGUUAUCCGAAUGUUAAGCCCAAAGCAACUCUCGGUGAACGGGCCUUUCUGUUUGCCGCACCUAAGUUAUGGAAUGUUCUGCCAAGAUAUAUAGGGAAUCCAUUUCUAUUGACACUUUUAAGAGAGUGCUGAAGACUCACCUUUUUAAAAAGCAUUUUGUACCACUUAGAUUAUAAGAUUGUAUUUUUAGCUUAGAUUAUAAAUUGUUUUUAGCCUAUAAUUUUCAAGAUUAUGCUAACAGAUUUUUUCUUUUUAACUUUUAGCCAUUAGUUUUUGUAUAAUAUUAUACAUGUAUAUAUAUAUGAUUAUCUUAUUUUAUCAUUUUUGUUAUCAAAAUUUUCUUUAUUCUUCUUCUUCUUAUUAUUAUUAUUAUUAUUAUUACUACUAUUGUGUUUUUUUCCCUAUGGCGCAUUUGAAUAUAUUUAUAUAGAUAUUUUCGCUUUAUAAGUUUUGAAAUCAAUUUGGAAUUAAUAUAACUCCACGCCUUCCACUUCACUCAUCUCAACCAACCCCUAAAAUAUACAACGCUACUUCACUACUCACACAGCCCUAUACACUUAAAAAACUUCACACACGCGUUGUACAACGACGCCCAAAUAUACGCUCCCACAGUGUCUUGUUUUGUUUUGUUUUGUUUUUUUUUAAUUUGGCUAUGCAUAGCGAGUAACCAAAUGAGUUACUGCAGGUUUUCUUUUCCUUGUGCUGCAAAAGGCUCAAAAAUCGAUUACGUUUUUGUUCCAGCAAUAAGUUGGUAACCCUGUGGCAUUAGAUCUACGAGAAAAGGUAGUUAAAUUGCAGCUUCGGUUUGGACAGAGAAAAUAAGGUUGGCAAGUCAUAACCAUUAGCCAUAUUUGCCUCUUUCCAGGCUCACAUGCAGGCACGGUAUGUCAUUCUGCGCGUGCUCCUUGAAGCUGGUGAAGGACUGGUACAACUGACCAGUGUCACAGGCUCAGACGGCAAACCGGAUGUGUUAAUAAAGCUAGAUAAAACAAAAAUUGAGUCAGUUGGCAGACCAGCUAUUGGAAAGUUCCUCAAAAAGCUUCAGGUGAGGUCGGUCUCUCUCUACUUAUACAUCUUAUCACAUUUGCUUUUUGCUUCUGCGUUUCCUUUCUUCUGUUUGCUCUCGCUGCUUUUUGCAGGCUACAGAGAAUGAGAUUUUUCUUCAUCAGUGUACCCAUGCAUCGAUCAGUGAGGGUAGACUUAAACUCUGUCCGCAAACUACUGUCGCCAAUUUACCCAGCAACCCCCUUGCGACAACUAGUGUCACCCACGCACUCCCUACAUAACCUGUUGACACUGAGUAUGGAGUCUAGCCUUGUCUAUAGAUUAUUACGUCGUUGAAUGAGGGGAAUACUACUAAUCAUUAACCAACUCAUAUAUUUUACCAUCCACGGUGUUUGUCGCAGGUUUUCAAGUCGACGGCGGAUUACGUUUCCGGAAAAGCUUUGUACGAUCGCUACUCAGCAGUAGAUGAUGAAUUUCUCGCUCUUCGAAAAACAGUUCUGGCCCGGAAGACGCCCAGAAGGAUGUUUGUCCAGGCCCACACUAGUCUGACAGGUAAAAAUGUAUUACACAGGCUCACCCCAGGAUUUUUUCAAUGUGAAAAACGUGAAUAGCGAGUAAAAUGUACGUCGGUGCAUCCAGUAUGCUUCUCAGAAUUUUAGGGAGAGAUGAGGAGUGUUUGUUUGGAAACCAGUAGAAAGAAGUGAAAAGUUUUAUACUUUGUUCCUAAACAGCAACAUGUCCUGCAAUAUAAUUUUUUACCUUUCAUACUAAAUGCCACACAAACACAGAUGAAAAUAACAGUUUUGUGCAGUGAAGUAGCAAGAUGUUUAGAGUGUCAAUCAGAUGGCUAUACCAAAAAUUAACAACUGUUUCUUUCACUCAUAUUGCACCCACUUUGUUAUAUUUCUCCCCUUCUCCUUAAAUGUCAAGAACCGUUCUAUUAAGCCGUCAUUUACUGGAGAGAUUGGGAAGCAUGAACCUGCUUAUUAUUGGGGUAAAAAUAUCCAGGGAUACUGAGAAUUAAAGGAAAUAAAGGGAGAUGUAAAGAAUCAACCAUAAGAGGACACAGAAACAAUCUGAGCCCCAGAUGGGAUUCGAACCCACGACCCUCCGUGUUCUAGAUCGGAUUCUCUAACCUCUGAGCUACUGAGGACUCGUUGGCGACCAAGGGUCAUUUUUGUGGGUUGGACUUGCGAACCGCAUCUCGCAGUCACACAGUCCAUCACAAGAAGAAAUACAGUCGAACCUCGCUAUUUCGAACUCGGUUAAUUCGAAGUCCCCGCUAUUUCGAAGGAAGAUCGAAUGCCCUUCCCCUUUACGCUUCCCCGGUUAUUUCGAAGCCCCGCUAUUUCGAACUUUUUUUGCAUUUCCCUUGGGACUUCGAAAUAGCGGGGUUCGACUGUAGUAAGAAAUGUCUCACCCAUUUCUUACUAUUUAUGUGACUGUGUGAUACAGUUAAGCCUUAAUGUGUUGCUUGUGAUGGACUGUGUGACUGCGAGAUGCGGUUCGCAAGUCCAGCCCACAAAAAUGACCCUUGCUCGCCAACGAGUCCUCAGUAGCUCAGAGGUUAGAGCAUCCGAUCUAGAACACGGAGGGUCGUGGGUUCGAAUCCCAUCUGGGGCUCAGGUUUUUUCUGUGUCCUCGUAUGGUUGAUUAUUUACAUCUCCCUUUAUUUCCUUUAUUAUAUUAAUAUCAGUGGCAUAGAUACUGAGAAUUGCCAAGAAAAACUAAUUAGAGGAAAACAUCUUGACUUUGCAAUAUAUUGAGGGGAGGUGGGGAGCAACGGUUGGCGCCGUGUUGAAAGCGCUUGCCUGUUGUCAAUGUGGCCCGGAUUUAAAUCCUGGCUUUGACUUUUUAUUUUGGUUGAUAAUGUUGCUCUUCCCGUCCGAUUCUUUUCCGAGAUGUUUUUUUUUUUUUACCCGGGUACUCUAAUUUACCCUAACUAUCCUUAAACUCUUACAAAUUCCUAUUCCAUCCGGGAGACACAAAUAUCGCCAAACGAAUUCUUUAGAGCCCCUAAGGUUUUACCAGUAAAUAGCUAAGUUACUUUUACAUUAUCACUUGCGAGUGGUGUUUUAAGUCUGCGGCGUCCACGCUACUUAUUCCAGAUUUAAACCCAAGUUAAGGGGGACGUUGACGAAGUUCUCAGAGUUUUCAUUUGCUUCUUUAAACGUGAGUUUUCUCAAUUGGUUUAUUUAUUGUUUUCGUUUUCACAGAUGACAAUUGUGUUACCCUGACAGAGUUUGAACCUAGUCCUGCUGGGAUGAUCAACUCUUUUACUACUCGUUUUGCUAGACACGACAGUGUGUUGGAAGAUCUGUGGAAGGCAGAGAUGCCCUACCAUAGGCUGUGA